GAAGUUAAAUCCCAAGGGCCCUAGGUGGGGCUCUAAGUAUUCAUUUUUGAGCCUCCUCAGUGGCAUGUUCCUCUGAGUGCCUUGGCACUGGUUUCUGUCCACCUCUCGGUCCUCGGAUCUCUCGAGGUGCCUGGAGUAGUGAGGGCCACUGGUUGUGUGCAGAGGGACUCGGUGGUCUGCCAGGCACCAUGGGGCUGCUGACUGUGGAUGCACUUUUCACUGUGGCCUUGGCCGUGGCUGUGUUCCUGCUCCUGGUGGACCUGAUGCACCGGCGCCAACGCUGGGGUGCUCGCUACCCUCCGGGCCCUGUGGCACUGCCUGGGCUGGGAAACCUGCUGCAGCUGGACCUGCACAAUAUACCAUACUCCUUCUACAAGUUAAGGUGCCGCUUCGGGGACGUGUUUAGCCUUCAGGUGGCGGGGAACCCAUCAGUUGUCUUCAAUGGGCUGGCAUCUGUGCGUGAGGUGCUAGUGAACCACAGCGAGGACACCGCAGACCGGCCACCAGUGCCCAUCAAUGAACUCGUGGGCUUCGGACCACGAUCCCAAGGGGUCGUCAUGGCACCCUAUGGACCCGCCUGGCGUGAGCAGCGGCGCUUCUCUGUGUCCACCCUGCGCAACUUCGGCCUGGGGAAGAAGUCGCUGGAACAGUGGGUGACUGAGGAGGCCGCCUGCCUGUGUGCUGCCUUUGCCACCCAGGACGGAUGCCCAUUUAGCCCAAAUACCCUCCUGAACAAAGCAGUGUGCAAUGUGAUCGCCUCCCUCAUCUACGCACGUCGCUUCGAGUAUGAUGACCCACUCCUGAGCAGGUUAUUGGACCUGCAGGCAGAAUCUCUGAUGGAGGGCCUUGAGUUGAUCCCUCAGGUGCUGAAUGCAUUCCCAGUGCUCCUACGCAUCCCAGGAGUAGCUGGCAGGGUCUUUCCCGCACAGAAGGCAUUCUUGGCCCUGAUGGAUGAGCUGGUGACAGAGCACAGGGCAACGCUCGACCUGAGCCAGCCGCCCCGAGAUCUGACGGAUGCCUUCCUGUUUGAGGUGGACAAGGCCAAGGGAAACCCCGAGAGCAGCUUCAAUGAUGCGAAUCUGCGCCUGGUUGUGGGUGACCUGUUCACGGCAGGGAUGGUGACCACUUCAACCACGUUGGCCUGGGCCCUGCUGCUCAUGAUCCUGCACCCGGAUGUGCAGCGCCGUGUUCAACAGGAAAUUGAUGAGGUGAUAGGACAGGGGCGGCGCCCAGAGAUGGCGGACCAGGCCCGCAUGCCCUUCACCAACGCCGUUAUUCAUGAGGUGCAGCGCUUUGGAGACAUCAUCCCAAUGAAUUUACCCCACAUGGCAACACGUGACAUUGAGGUGCAGGGCUUCCUCAUCCCCAAGGGAACAGGGUUAAUUGUCAACCUGUCGUCUGUGCUGAAAGAUGAGACUGUCUGGGAGAAGCCCUUCCACUUCCACCCGGAACACUUCCUGGAUGCUGAAGGCCACUUUGUGAAGCACGAGGCCUUCAUGCCAUUCUCAGCAGGCCGCCGAGCAUGCCUUGGGGAGCCCCUGGCCCGCAUGGAGCUCUUCCUGUUUUUUACCUGCCUGCUGCAGCGCUUCAGCUUCUCGGUGCCUGAGGGGCAGCCCCGGCCCAGCGACCAAGGUGUCUUUGUUUUCCUGAACACCCCUUCCCCCUACGAGCUCUGUGCUGUGUCCCGCUAAAGGACAGAAACAGCUUUUCUGCAUUUGGGGACUUGAUGUAAAUUAAAAUCCUCUCUGACUACAAA